AUGUCUCGAACAGUCGACCGCACCAUGCCUACCAUCAGCUCACCCCUCUCUCCGAGAAGCCAGCCUCUCGACAUUCCUUCACAGGCUCGACGUCGACCAGCCCUGAGCCCGCGACAGUCCAGCAACACCGGUCCUGCUGCCCAUCUGAGGCUCCCGUCACUGCCUCGCUUCCACCCAGCCAACUAUGCUUCGUCCCAAAGCUCAAGUCAUGCAAACACACCAUCUACAGGUCCAGACAGCCCUUACUCGCCCUCCUCCCCCCGAUCAACCAACAGACAGUACGAAGUCCAGAGACAGAUGUACCUCUACCAGCAGCAGCUGCUUGCCAACACCAAUCGCCAGCACAAGGGCCUUGGUCCCAGGCCUACUAGCCCUCGCCUUGAGCCUCUAGCUAGUCCAGGAGCAGUCACACCUCUGGAGCUUGAAGACGAAAUGGGUAGCUACCUCACUGCUGGUGUCAGCCGAGCUGAGGCCGAUCAGCACGUUGAGAAGUUGAUUCGCGAAGAGGCUCGUCGACGAGGCGAGUACUCUCCCGGCAGGACCACUUCCGUGGGCGGCAGUUCGCCGAGAUGUACCAUGUUCACCGUCUAA